UAUCAAUUUAUCACCCAGCAACCCACAACCAUGACGUACCAUGUCACCCAAACGUCCAAAACUGCCACUUCAACCAGCGCGACAUUCCCACAAUGGCUCCCUACAAAGUCGUCAUGGUCCGCCACGGCGAGUCCGAAUGGAACCAAAAGAACCUCUUCUGCGGCUGGGUGGACGCCCACUUGAGCGACAAAGGCAAAGAAGAAGCUGCCAAGGCAGGCCAAGCCCUCAAAGACUCCAACCACAAAUUCGACAUCGCCUUCACUUCACUCCUAUCCCGCGCCCACGAAACCCUCUCCAUCAUCCUCAAAAUCCUGGGCCAGGAAACCAUCCCCGUCGAGCAAACGUGGCGACUCAACGAGCGCCACUACGGCGCUUUGACAGGCUUGAACAAAACCGAGACGGCCACCAAGUACGGGGAGGAGCAAGUGCAGAUUUGGAGGCGGAGCUACGACGUGCCUCCGCCCGCCAUGGACGACAAGCAUCCGUAUUACCAGGAGAUCAUUGACGACCCGAGGUACACAAACGGCCCGCCUAGAGACCAGUUUCCGAUGUUCGAGAGCUUGAAGCUGACUAUUGAGAGGACGCUGCCGUUUUGGAAUGAAAAAAUCGCGCCGAGGAUUAAGGAAGGGAAGGAGGUUAUUAUUGUGGCGCAUGGGAAUAGUCUGCGGGGGAUUGUUAAACAUCUGGAUCGAAUGGACGAGGAGAGAAUCAUGGGGUUGAAUUUGCCCACGGGGAUUCCGUUUGUGUAUAUUCUGGAUGAACGUUUGAGACCGUGUCGUGACGGGAGUUUGAAGUUUCUAGGGGAUCCCGAGACGGUGAAGAAGGCUAUGGAGGAAGUGGCCAAACAAGGGAAAGCAAAAUAAAAAAAAUAAUAAAAUACUACGAACUA